GGUCAGCGCCUGGGAACGGCCACGCGGCUUCGGCCGUGCCGGCGGCUCCGGCGCGGGGCUGGUCCCUGGCACCGCCGGCCCCUGCGGGCGGCCUCUAGGUUUUUGACGAGCCGUGCCCAGCAGAGGAGACAGUGCUGCGCUGCCAGAAUCCCAACUGCGCCGGUGAGAGGAGGGCAGCCAAGGAAUGCCACCACGUGGAGUGCCGGCAGCUGAGCCGCAGCGGCCCCCUCAGCCUGUGUGAAGUCUGCGACGGCCGCCUCCAUGGCGCCAUGCACUUCGAUGGCCACAUCCGCUUCGACCUGCCCCCUCAAGGCUCCAUCCUGGCCCGCAACAUGUCAACGCGCUCGUGCCCCCCACGCACCAGCCCUGCCUCCGAUGUGGAGGAGGAAGAGGAAGGUCCAGCAGAGAGCAGAGGGGAACGCAGGAGCUCGGCACUGAAGCUGCCUAAAAAGAAGGCUUGGCGCAGGCACACAGAUGACCCCAGCAAGGAGUGCUUCACCCUGAAGUUCGACCUUAGCGUCGACAUCGAGGCAGAGAUUGUGCCGGCUGUGAAGAAGAAGUCACUGGGGGAGGUGCUGCUGCCGGUGUUCGAGAGGAAGGCGAUCGAGCUGGGCAAGGUGGACAUCUACCUGGACCAGUCCCACACACCACUGUCCCUGCAGUUCGAGGCGUUCCGCUUCGGGGGGCACUACCUGCGGGUGAAAGCCAAGCCUGGGGAUGAGUUGAAGGUGGAGCAGGCAGUGCGGGACGCCAGGUCGGCCAGCCUGCCCAUCCUGCACCCUGGCAGCACCGCUGCAGUCCUUGGGCCAGUUCUGGAGCCACUGCCAGGAUGCCGAGAGGGCACCGACAGCCUGGCUCUUAGCCGGCGGAGGAAGAACAUGACGGAAUUCCUGGGGGACACUAGCAUUCCCAGCCCUGAGCUGGCCCUGCACAUCGGCAGCUCCCUGCCCACCAAUGGCACCGACACCUGGAAGAACCGCGCUGCCAGCCGCUUCAGCGGCUUCUUCGGCUCUGGCACCAGCGUGGGCUCCUUCGGGCGGGAGACUGAGAAGCUGGAGCAGCUGGCGAACAGGCUGCACGCCUACGGCACCUUCGGGCUGCCCAAGCUGCCGCCCCAGCUCCGCUUUGACCGUGACUCCUGGGAGGAGGAUGGGGAUGAGGCUGGGCUGGCACUGGAGGACAGCUGGCAGCAGAUCAUCCAGGGAGCAGAGGCCCUGUCACGCCGGCAGUGCCACCAGCAGGAAGCCAUCUGGGAGCUGCUGCACACCGAGGCCACCUACAUCCGCAAGCUCAAAGUCAUUACCGAUCUCUUCCUCUGCUGCCUGCUGAACCUGCAGGAAUCAGGGCUGCUCUGUGAGGUGGAUGUCGAGCGGCUCUUCAGCAACAUUGGGGAGAUCAUCCGGCUGCACUGCGAGCUGUGGCGCAGCGUCAUGGCCCCGGUGCUGGCCAAGGCACGACGGACUGGGGCACUGCUUGACCCCAUUGACUUCCUCAAUGGCUUCAAGACGUUCGGGUCCCUCUUCAAGCCCUACGUGCGGUACUGCAUGGAGGAGGAGGGAUGCAUGGAGUACAUGCGGGCACUGCUGCGGGACAGCGAGCUCUUCCGCACCUAUGUGACGUGGGCCGAAAAGCAUGAGCAGUGCAGCCGUCUGAAGUUGAGCGACAUGCUGGUGAAGCCCCACCAACGCCUCACCAAGUACCCACUGCUCCUCAAGUCCGUGCUGAAGAAGACAGAUGACCCACGUGCCCGUGACGCCAUUACCACCAUGAUUGGCUCUGUGGAGCGUUUCAUCAAUGACGUCAACUCACGGAUGCGCCAGCGGCAAGAGCGGCAGCGCCUGGCCACCAUCCUCAGCCGCAUCGACACCUACGAGGUGGUGGAGGGCAGCACAGAUGAGGUGGACAAGCUACUGAAGGAAUUCCUGCGGCUGGACCUGACAGCCCCCAUCCCCGGCACCUCCCCAGAGGACACCCGGCAGCUCCUCCUUGAGGGCAGCCUGCGCAUGCGGGAAGGUAAAGACAGCAAGAUGGACGUCUACUGUUUCCUCUUCACUGACCUCUUCCUCAUCACCAAGCCCCUAAAGAAGGCUGAGCGCACCAAGGUGGUCCGGCAGCCCUUGCUGGUGGACAAGGUUGUCUGCCGAGAGCUCAGGGACCCAGGUUCCUUCCUCCUCAUCUACCUGAACGAGCUGGGGAGUGCUGUGGCUGCCUACACCUUCCAGGCCAGCGGGCAGUCUUUGUGCCGCAGCUGGGUCGAGGCGGUGCGCAAUGCCCAGAACCUGCUGCAGCAACUGCGGCAGCGCCGGUGCAUGGAAGAGGAGGAGGAGGAGGAGGAGGACGGCGGGAGCGGCACCUCAGCUGCCAGUUCACCUACCAUCCUGCGCCGCAGCAGUGCCAGCCCAGACUCACAACAGUGCCCCUCUGACGGUUCCACCGAGACGCUCGCCAUGGUGGCAGCAGACGGCGGUGAUGAGCUCUCCUCCCCAGACUGGGACACAGGACCCUUCAGAUCGACCUCAGACAGCUCCUCUGUUGGCACCAGCACCUCCAUCAGCACUGGCACCUCUGCGGACACCUCCACCGAGACCCCCACCCAGGAGCUGCCUGCAGGCGCUCUGCCUGUGCCCCUGCCCCAUGGCAUGGCCUCCCCGGCUGGCGGCUGCCGCUCGUCUUCCAUCGACAGUGCCUAUGGCACACUCUCACCUGCCUCACUGCGGGACUUCAGCCAGCAGCCAGAUGGGGUGGCUGAGGAGGGGCGGGAGCCCUCCCUGGCCCCCCCAGCUCCACGGCCCCCCUCACCCCGGCUGCGCCGCCGCACCCCAGUGCAGCUCCUGCCCUGCCCAGCCAGGGUGCUUAAGUCCAAGUCAGAGGCCAGCCUGCCACAGCUCCUGUCCCCCACUUCCCCAGGCCCCUUAAGCCAGAGCCGCAGCCUCUCUGACCUCUCUGCUGGCUCCCCCCAGACUAACCAAGCCCCUGUGCCCCCAGCUGCCUCUGGCAGCAGUGGCAGCUCCACGUCCGAGCUCUCAGAGCUUGAGGAGCCAGUGAAGAGCCCGGUCUCCCUCCCAGGGGAGCUCAGGCGUGAGCCCCCACCUCCUGCCCACCGGACCCUCUCAGACCCGCAGUCGGCACGGCACCGCAAGCUGACGCUGGCGCAGCUGUACCGGAUCCACGCCACGCUGAUGCUCAACUCCACGCUGACGGCCUCGGAGGUCUGAGAGCCGCCGGCAUGGAAAGCACAGAUGCGCAGAUGCACCAAGGAGCUGCUCCUGCUUCUAACCAUAGCGUAAUGCCAGGGCUGGGCAGAGCGAGCACUGGGAUGCCACGCUGGUGGGGACAUGGAUGGGGAUGCAGACCAGUCCCCUUGGCGAGGACGUGCUCUGGGCACGGCAGCGUGGGGCUGGACAUGGCACAUGGCUUGUGCUGGACCCUUGUCCACAGAGACGAGAGUUGUUGGGCAGGGGGCCCUGGGGCCAUGGGGGGCUGUGGGGGGCUGUGGGGCAGCUCCUGUGGGCGACGAAGGGAUGACAAUGUCGGCAAUGGUGAGUGGGGAAGAUGCUGAGAGGGAUGCAGUGCCAGUGGCAUGGUGCUGCAGGUGGUGCAGGGAGGAGGCUGGGGCUAGUGGCAGAAGGGGGUGGUGCAGGGCUGGGGUGGGUUUGCCCUGUGUGGUGGCAGUAGGUGGCAGUGCCCAAGGCCAGAGUAUGAGAGUUGUGGUGGGAGCCCCCCCAUGCCAGGCUGCACUCCACGUCCCAGCUGAGCAAUAAACCCAGCUGGUGCACGCUCGCGCCCGCCUCGCCUCUCCUUCAGCCAUGGCAGCACCCAGGGCUGGGCAGCACCGGGGUGGGUGAGGCACAGAUGA